CUCCGCGGGACCGAGGCUCGCCGGGCAGCACCCGGAGCUCACGGCACCCCGGCCCCGCGGAGGGGGGCGCACCGCGAGCGCGGCCACGUGGGAGGGGGCUGCCGCGACUCCCGCCCCGCCCCUCCUCCCGCCCGGCGUGGACCCAGCUCCGCCGGCACCAUGGCGCUCGCCCGCUGCGUGCUGGCUGCCGUUUUAGGGGCGCUGCCCUCGGUGCUCAGCGCAGAGCCCGCCCCGCCGGACGCCCUCCACCGCCGCCAUCCGCCCCCUGCACCUCCCCAGCCCGCGUCCUACCUUCCCAGCCGGCAGCGACCACCGAGCACCCCGCGCCUCCGACGGGGCUCCGCGGCAGGUCCGUGGGGCAACACCACCGACCUGGGCGCCCCUUGUCUGCUCUGGGCAGAGGUGCCACCCUUCCUGGACCGGUCGCCCCCGGCGAGCUGGGCCGAGCUGCGAGGGCAGCGCCACAACCUUUGCAGGAGCCCCGACGGCAGCGGCAGACCUUGGUGCUUCUAUCUGACUGCGCACAGCAAGGUGGACUGGGGCUACUGUAGCCGGGGCCCGGUGCUGCCUGGUAUCCGCCUUGCUGGUGGGAACAGUAGGCACGAAGGUCGAGUGGAGCUGUACUAUGCUGGCCAGUGGGGGACCAUCUGUGAUGACCAGUGGGAUGAUGCAGAUGCAGAAGUGAUCUGCAGGCAGCUGGGCCUCAGUGGCAUUGCCAAAGCGUGGAAUCGGGCGUAUUUUGGAGAAGGAUCUGGCCCAAUAAUGUUGGAUGAAGUUCGCUGCACGGGGAAUGAGCUGUCAAUUGAGCAAUGUCCUAAGAGCUCCUGGGGAGACCAUAACUGUGGCCAUAAAGAAGAUGCUGGAGUGUCUUGUGCCCCUCUAACAGAUGGGGUCCUCAGACUCAUAGGGGGGAAAAGCAGCAAUGAAGGUCGCUUGGAGGUAUACUAUAGGGGACAGUGGGGGACUGUCUGUGAUGAUGGCUGGACGGAGCUGAAUACGUAUGUGGCUUGUCGGCAGCUGGGAUUUAAGUAUGGCAAACAGUCCUCUGCAAGCCAUAUUGAAGGCAGCACUGGGCCUAUAUGGCUGGAUGAUGUCAGCUGCUCAGGAAAGGAAGUCAGCUUCCUUCAGUGUUCUAAGAGACAGUGGGGAAAGCACGACUGCAGCCAUCGAGAGGAUGUGGGCCUCACCUGCUACCCCGACAGCAACAGCAACGGAUACAGGCUGUCUUCUGGUUUUCCUAUCAGACUAAUGAAUGGAGAAAAUAAGAAGGAAGGACGCGUGGAAGUUUUUGUCAGGGGCCAGUGGGGAACGAUUUGUGAUGAUGGAUGGACAGAUAAAGACGCAGCUGUAAUCUGUCGGCAGCUUGGCUAUAAGGGUCCUGCCAGAGCAAGGACCAUGGCUUAUUUUGGGGAAGGAAAAGGACCUAUUCACAUGGAUAAUGUGAAGUGCACAGGAAAUGAGAGGUCCCUGGCUGACUGCAUCAAACGAGAUAUUGGAAGACACAACUGCCGCCACAGUGAAGAUGCAGGAGUUAUCUGUGAUUAUCAUGGCAAGAAGGCCUCAAGCAGUGAUAACAGAGAGACCCUCUCGUCUGUUUGUGGUUUGAGAUUAUUACACCGUCGGCAGAAGAGGAUCAUUGGUGGGAAAAAUUCGUUAAGGGGUGGUUGGCCUUGGCAGGUUUCCCUCCGGCUCAAGUCAUCCCAUGGAGACGGCAGGCUCCUUUGUGGAGCCACGCUCCUGAGUAGCUGCUGGGUCCUGACAGCUGCACACUGUUUCAAAAGGUAUGGGAACAGCUCGAGAAACUAUGCUGUUCGAGUUGGGGAUUAUCACACUCUGGUACCAGAGGAGUUUGAGGAAGAAAUUGGAGUUCAACAGAUUGUGAUUCACAGGCAAUAUCGACCAGACAGCAGCGACUAUGACAUUGCCCUGGUUAGAUUACAAGGACCAGAGGAGCGAUGUGCCAAGCUCAGCACCUACGUUUUACCAGCCUGUUUACCUCUAUGGAAAGAGAGGCCACAGAAAACAGCCUCCAAUUGCUACAUAACAGGAUGGGGAGACACAGGCCGUGCCUAUUCAAGGACACUACAACAAGCAGCCGUCCCCUUACUUCCCAAGAAGUUUUGUGAAGAGCGAUAUAAAGGUCGGUUUACAAGGAGAAUGCUUUGUGCUGGAAACCUCCAAGAACACAAACGUGUAGACAGCUGCCAAGGAGACAGUGGAGGGCCACUCGUGUGUGAACAGCCUGGAGAGACCUGGGUUGUGUAUGGGGUGACUUCUUGGGGGUAUGGCUGUGGAAUCAAAGAUUCUCCUGGUGUAUAUACCAGAGUCUCUGCCUUUAUACCUUGGAUAAAAAACAUCACCAAACUGUAAUUUAUGGAAAGUUCAGGAGGAAAACAAGAUGCUGUUGGGAAGCUUUCGGGCUUCAUUAUUAGCACUAAGCCAGGGGUGACAAGUAUUGUGGAGAUCAAAGUUUCUGCUUCUUGUCAUAAAGACUGUUGUGCUCUCUGCUGCUUUUCAGAGUUAGCUGAACAGUUUUGGGCUACAGUGCAAUGCCUUUAGCAUUGUUCUUAAUUUUAAUGGAAAAGUGAAAUUGUCUUCUCUGCAUUCUACUUUACCCUCUUUCCAACAAAGGCAUUUAUUUGAUUGAGACCUUUUAACUGAAUAUAGUAUAGAUUAGGUGCCUACAUGUGACCUAAACUACUUAAAAUUUGAUCUUGGCUAUGUUCAAAUAAUAUUGACAUACUAUUUUCUAUUUAUACUCAAAUCUUAUAAGGGUUUGACAAGUUUUUUCAUAUACCAGUAUCUCCAUAGCUUUUGUUAAAGGCCAGAAAGGCAAAGGAGUUCCAUUGUAAAUUAUAAUCAGGGUAGGAUCAGUAGGCCACAAGGACACGUUUGCCAUAGCGUAUUUCUUAAUAUGAUGUGAUAGUCACAAGUAUCAAAGUACCAAGAACCAUGGAAAAUCUAAGUGUUCUUGUUGCAUCAUCAGCAACCAGCAAUCAUGGUAAUAAGCGGCCUAGAAAGACAUUUCCUCCAGAUCAUUUAACCACAAUUUGGCCAGUGUGAAAUGUUAGCCUUUUUUGCUUUAGUUUUCUGGACUGUGAUAGAAGAGUGCCAUCUACUGAAACUUUCUAGAAAAAUUAAGGGUUUCCAAAGAAUAUUCUGUCAAAAUUUGUUUCCUCCCUAUACAUAAGUUCCUAAGUGUUUAAAAUCUUAAUACACACAGCAAUCAAACUAUGGCAAGCACUACACUAUGUGCAACUGACUUAAGAGGCCAACAUCUUAUAGUAGCCUAGUUUUUAAAUGGAAAACAGGUCAAAUCACUGACAGGUCUCAAUUUCAGUUAAACACAAACCUUACUGCUAAGGGAUCACUUUUAUGGUUCUUUCCUAAAGUUAAGCUUCCCUGGAUAUAAGGCUUUUAAUAUUCUUUACAGGACAAUAUUUGGCCAAAAAAAAAAAAAAGCAUACUAUGAGAAAUACCAUCACAGCCCCUUUUAAACACCUCAAAACUGGUUAAGAUCAAUACAGCUAUAAAUAAUCUAUGUCAAAGGACUCGACUUUACUUUCUGCAUUGACUUGCCUUUUUCUCAUUUUGAAAACACUUGGUACAGACAUUAAGGUGCUAUUAUAUAGUUCACUUCCGGAAUGCACAACCUGUGUUUAUCAAAGUUUUUCUAGAAUCCCAUUACUUUUUAAAAGGCAAGAUUUUUGC